AGUUGUUCCCGAGCUACCGCCGGCUCGAACGGGCACCGGGAGUGGGGCGGUCGGGGGGGCUGCCAGGGAACCGGGGCCCCUCGGGGCGGCCUCUCCCAGCCCCGCUGCCCUCGGUGCCGCAGAUGACCCUGAACACGCAGCACGGGAGCAAGACCCCGCUGCGGAGAAGGGCCAGCACCCCUCUCCCGCAGCCGGGGGUACCGGGUGCCACCUCCCGGGACGAGCCCUGUCACCCCCAGCUCGGUUACUCCGCCUCCGAGCCGGGUGGCCGGGCUACGGCACCCCGGGGGAGCUGGUCCUCCGACUCCUCGGGCUCCUCUGGCUCCUGGGAGCCCCUCUACCGGGUGGUGCUGCUGGGCGACCCCGGCGUGGGCAAGACCAGCCUGGUCAACCUCUUCGCCGGCAUCCAGGAGCGGGACCUGCUGGAGCAGCAGGGAGGGGCCACGUACGAGCGCACGCUGUCUGUGGAUGGCGAGGAGACCACGCUGCUGGUGAUGGACACCUGGGAGCCGGAGCAGCGGGGCGAGGAGAGCCGGCACCGCAGCCAGUGCCUGCAGGUGGGGAACGCCUACGUCAUCGUCUACUCCAUCACCGACCGGAGCAGCUUUAAGAGCGCCUCGGAGCUGCGCAUCCAGCUGCGCCGUGCCCGGCAGGCCGAGGACAUCCCCAUCAUCCUGGUGGGCAACAAAACCGACCUGGUGCGGUGCCGCGAGGUCUCCGUCGAAGAGGGCCGUGCCUGUGCCGUGGUGUUCGACUGCAAGUUCAUCGAGACGUCGGCCACUCUGCAGCACAACGUGGCCGAGCUCUUCGAGGGGGUGGUGCGGCAGAUCCGCCUGCGCCAGGGGGGCAAGGAGGCCCGUGCGCCCCCCGGGCCCGGCCACAGGCGCAAGGAGAGCCUCACCAAGAGAGCCCGGCGCUUCCUCGACAGGCUGGUGGCCAAGAACAACAGCAAAGUGGCCCUCAAAGUCCGCUCCAAGUCCUGCCACGACCUGUCCGUGCUCUGAGAGCCGCCACCUGCCCGUCCCUCUGCACACGCAGGCUAGAGACUGUCCUCUCUGCCCAUGGUGGCUCCACGGGUGCAAGGAGAGCCCAGAUGGGGCCAGAGCGAUGCUGAGGACGUGGAGCUGUUUUAACCGGUGCUGAGGGAUGCUCGGGGUGCUCUGGGUCCAGCCGCUUCCCCCUCCAGGAGAAGUGGUGCCAGGUCCCCUGGGCUGCACCCACGGAGCAGAGGGUGGGAUGGGCACCUACACUUGGGGUGGUGGGAUCCUGGAUUACAGACGUUCCUGGGGAGCCAGAGGUGAGGGGUGGCCGUGCUCCGGUGCAGGGCUGCCUGCAGGGCUGGAGCAGCUCCGGAGGCUGCAGGACGCGUGGCUGGUCCUACUCGUGGUGCCUCUUCUUUGCAAGGUGGCAGGGACCAGAGAGGGCACCAUCGUGGUGUCCACCUCGAGGACAGUCCUGGAGCUGGCUGGGGAGAGGGGCUGGGGGAGCACGGACAGCAUCACCUGGCACCCGCCCUCUCCACACCAGGGCUUCGUGCUGCGUCUCCCUGGCACCAGAGCUUCUUGGACUAAGGUUUUCCUUUACUGGUGCAAUGAGGGAAACCCUCAAUCUCCGGAAUAAACUGCAUCAGGGAGGUGCUGGUCUCCACUGGGUCCCUGUCAUGGGGAGCUCUGAACUGGGGCUGCGUGUCCAGAUUCAAACCCAGUUCAUUGCUCACAGCUGGGGCAGGGAACCUGCCUCCUGCUCCAGCUUCCCCAGACAAAACACCUCAAGGCAGGAAGAUCCUUCAUCCACCUUUGACAGAAGUCUCUGUUCCUCACCCAGUGGUCACAGCAUUGUCCCCUGCCAUGGCAGAAGCCCCCAGCCCCUCUGCAUCUCCCAGAUCCUGAGUGGUGCUGGAAAAGCUUCUGGGAAGGGCUGAGCUCUAACCCCCUGAGCCCCACAGGACCCACAGCCUGGGCAAGGAGCAGGGUGCCCGGUGGCUCCCGGUGCCCUGGGAAGGGGCAGGGAGACAGGAGCCAAGCAGCACGGUAUGGGCAGCAGCGUGGCACAGCCGGGAAGGGACGUGCUUGGCUGCAGGGAGCAGCGAGUGACCCCGAGCACCCGGGGAGGCGAUGCUGGAGCUCCGUGGGCUCUGCUGGUUGUUUUUUAGGCUGCGCUGCCGGCAAGCAGCUGGGAUGCUGUGGGGUAGCCUGCUCGGUGGCCCCGGGCCCGGCGCCAGGGAGGAUCAGGGGUGCCCUCGCUCCCCGGGUCAGGUCAGGAGUUUCCGCUGGCUCUGCGGCUCCAGCGUGGGGAGCCACUGGCUGUGGCCGGCGUGGGGCAGCUGGAGAGGGGGUCACCAGCACAAAGGGGACACUGGGAUGGGGAAGCGCCCUGUUCCUGUGGGAGAAGAGUCUCCCCACAGGUGCAAAUCCCAGCAAAGGCUUGUCCCUGUGGGCUCCAUCCCCAAGGACAAGGGAAGCCUGCUCAGCCUUUUCUCUGUGCUGCUUCGUGCCUCCCCAAAACAGUGACCAAAACAUUGCUGCUCUGUCUCCAGCUGCUCUGCCGGGGCCCUGCCCUGGAUUUCCCCGCACCCCCUGGUUCCUGGUGCUGCGGGAUGCGAUGCUGCAGCUCACACAGCAUCAGCCACACCAGGGACGGGGGCUGCAUGCCAAG